AUGACACGGCAGGUGUUUGACCGGCGGAACAACGUGGCCCCCUCCAUGGACGCCCUCAUCGGCGACACGCCGGCGGUGUACCUCACAAAGAUGAACAACACGGCGGCGAAGAUUGUGCUGAAGCUCGAGUCGCUCAACCCCAUGACCUCCGUGAAGGACCGCCUCGCCUACGCCGUGUACGAGAAGGCGGAGCGGGACGGGAAGCUGAUCCCCGGCAGGAGCGUCGUUGUGGAGGCGACGAGCGGCAAUACGGGGAUUGCGCUCGCCCAGCUCGGCGCGAUACGCGGGUACAAGGUGAUCAUCAUCAUGCCCGAGUCCAUGUCGAUCGAGCGGCGGUGCCUGAUGCGGAUUUUCGGGGCGGAGCUGCUCCUCACCCCGGCGGCCUUAGACAUGAAGGGGUCGCUGGCGCUGGCGCACCGCAUCGUGGGCAGCAACCCCGACGCCGUGCUGGUGGACCAGUUCUCCACAAAGUACAACGCCCAGGCCCACCAGGAGACCACUGGGCCGGAGAUUUGGCGGCAGACGCAGGGGCAGGUCGACUGCUUCGUGGCCGGCGUGGGGACCGGCGGGACGCUGACGGGGGUGGCGCGCUACCUCAAGUCGGUGGGCUGCGGCGCCACGAUAGUCGCGGUCGAGCCCGCCGAGUCGCCCGUCCUCGCCGGCGGCAAGCCGGGGCCGCACCGGAUUCAGGGCAUCGGCGCCGGCUUCGUCCCGCAGGUGCUGGAGGGGGCGCUGGUGGACGAGGUGAUCCAAGUCCCCAGCGACGCGGCCAUCGAUGUCGCCCAGCGGCUCCCCCGCGAAGAAGGCAUCUUCUGCGGCAUCUCCGGCGGCGCCAACGUCUACGCGGCGCUGCAGAUCGCGCGGCGGCCGGACAUGGCGGGGAAGACGAUCGUCACCAUCAUCCCCUCCUUCGGCGAGCGCUACCUCUCCACCGCCCUCUACACCUCCGUCAAGGAGGAGGUGACGGCGCUCCCCGUGGAGUCCGAGGUCUGA